GACUGAAGAUUUGAAGGAAUUUGAAGAAAUAGAAAGAAGUCGCUAAUUUAUGCCAGACGGCGUCUUUAUUUUCAGAUGCAAUCGUUUAUGUUGUUUAAGUUAAGGUGGUAAUUGUGAAAGGUUACGUGUCGCCCUUGGAUUUAUUAACAUUUUAAAGCUUAUAGUUCGUACGUAAUUUAGAAAAUACGAAAUCAAUAUGGGGGACCAACAAUUUUUCCUAAAAUGGAACGAUUUCCAAACAAAUAUGGUGACAUCGUUUAGGCAUUUACGAGACGAGAAAAGCUUUACUGAUGUAACACUAGCUUGCGAGGGACAAACAUGCAAAGCCCACAAAAUGGUCCUGUCUGCGUGUAGUCCAUAUUUUAAAAGUUUAUUAGAGGAAAAUCCCUCGAAGCAUCCAAUAAUAAUAUUGAAGGAUGUGUCGUAUCUCCACCUCCAAGCUAUACUAGAGUUUAUGUAUGCGGGUGAGGUCAAUGUCUCGCAGGAACAGUUGCCCGCCUUCCUUAAGACAGCCGCGAGGCUGAAGGUUAAAGGUUUAGCAGAACCGCCUCCACAGAUGCCCACCAUCAAGCGGGAAGGCUAACACACACAUAUAAACACAAAUCUGUGCGUGGACACUUGCUAAUUUCUUGACCACAUAAAUUGUACUGUGUUCAAUCAGAUAUAUAUAUAACCGUAAAACCGUUUAUAAAACAUUUCUAUAUUCGAAGUGUUGUGUGUGAAGAAUUCAUGGAUUUUAGAUAAUUAAAUGUUUAUUUUCUACUUAAGACAUACAUAUAUUUUUAUAGAAUUGUGUCAAAAGCAAAACUUAGCAAGUGUCCAUACCUGUUGCACCAAUAUUCCCCAGGCUAGCAAUAAAGCUGUGAGAAUGUUUAUAUAGAAAAGUUAUUUUUGCACAGAUUACUGUGAAUAUGUAAUUAAAUCGGUGGUGCCUGAUGGUAUAGAACAUUGUCCUGUCCUUCAUAAAAAUAGAUAUUUGAAAUCCAGUCACAAACGCCAAGGAAAUUGUUAUGUUUGAGAACCGUAAAAUAUGUUUUUUCUGAACAAGUUUGGUCUUGUAAAACGUUACAGACAUCUAAAAGGUUUACCAUUUACAAAACAUACCAUACCAUCUCGCAUCGCCAUAGCAAUAAGGCAUUUUUAAUUUGGUCGAAUUAUUUCUUUUUGUGAAUAAGGUGUCUCGAAUUAUUUUCCAUCAAUGCUAACUUAAAUAUAAAAAUAUUUUCGUAAAUAUUACCGUUUUUGUAUUCAGUGAUUGGUAAAGUCUGUGGGCAAGUGUCAAAUCUCUAGUUUUCACUCCGGGCCUAUCAAUUGUCAACGUCAAUGUCAAAUAUUGACAGUUCAUUGGUAUUAACAAUGAAUUUAGACAAGUACAAAUGUUUUUGGUGGUAUACAUUCUUGUAAACCAAAAACUAUAGAAAUUGCACCAUAUUUCAAUUUCAAAAAUCAAUUUUUCCGAUAUAAUUCAGGAAUUGAAAAUAGAGAAAUAAAUCUAGUAAUAUGGUUUUUUUUAAACCACAAACACUUGCCUAGAGCUUUUAAUGUUAGCCGAAGCCUUAGAAUGAGUUACCCGCAACCAAAGUGUAGAAUAUUCACAUCGUGAGGCGCGCUGACACUGUACCGAUGGUUGCCUUAAUUUGGUGGAAUCCACUCUUCUGGUUUAAUAUAUGGCGCAGUCAUUGUCAUUUCGAAUGUAUUUUUUUUAAUAUGGCUUUUAUUUGUGCCAUCUGGGCACAAGGUACUUCGUCAGUUUUCGAAUGUAGCUAUAUUCUAUAGACAUCAGACAGAACAGACAAAACGUCAUUUUCAAUUGACACUAUUUGUAUCGAAUUUGACAUUUACAGAUCUUAUGUAAGCAAAUUUUUUUCAAAUAGCGGUUAUGAUUGAUUUUGAACUUCAUGUGAUGAUUUUAUAAUUCGAAUCACAAGACACAAAAAUCCCUUUUCUCUUCGAAUUUUUUUAUACAAAUAAAAUCUAGGAUUUAACCGUUUUCAUUAAACCAGAAAAGUGUACACCGAGCCUUAAUUCUGCUUUAGAAUAAGUGUUGUCAACAACAUGCAUAAUAAUGGCGUAAGCAAUUUAGUAACAAUUAAGUCAGAUUUAAACGAAUCCCUUUCUAAAUCUAAAAUUCAGAGACAAGUUUCGGAGUGGAGUCUGACAUCUGUCAGAUUUUGACAACUCGUCUUCUAACUUGUCUGUGCAUUUUGGUAAUUUAUUUAAGAUUAAGUCAAUCGGGAUAUUAUUUUCUCAGGCAUAGUUAGUGUUUGCAAAUUGUUAAUUUAAAUAAUAAGAGGCUGUUGAAUACAACCAGAACUUUGCGUUCUAACCCGUCUGAACACUAGUUUUGGCCGAAAUUUAUAAAGCGCUAGAAAUAAGCUUAUUUUUUUGCUCAAAGUAAUCCCAGGAAGUCAAAUAUUUAUAGUAAUUUAACAUCCAGACUUACCAUUACCACCUUAAGACUAGCUUAAAGGCAUAUCUGAGCUCCGACUCACAGAAUUUAUUCAUAGUGGUUUUGGGCUAAGAAUUACCUGGACGCGUGCUAGGGUAGAGCAAAUUAAUACGUAGUAUUGAUAUCACUAAUUAAAUUUGAAAGAUCAGUACGCUUUAUUAAUUUCAGCCUGACUCUAACAGUAGCUAACAUUGACUUUUCAUGCUAUUAUGCACAAUAGUAUGUACUCGACAUAUCAUAUUGGUUUUUAAAUAAAUUAAGUUUAAUUCAUACAUAAAUUUUUCUGUAUUAUCUGUACGAAUUUACAAUCGCUUGAUCGAUUUGUUUCUUCGUACGUAUUGUUUGACAGUUGUCUAUCGUUCUUGAUAGAAUAUGUAAUAUUAACUACGUCUUUACUAUAAGUUUUUAUUUUUAUACUUCUCGUCAUUGCGAUGAACUUUAUUUUUACUUAGUACAAAUCGUGUCCAUAGAGUGCAAUGUCUUACGGACUCGGAUUCUAAAACGUCACAUCGAAAUGUCGUCUCGCGAGGUGUCAAAAUGACAGAUGACAUUCAAUGUGUAUUUACGUUUCAGAAUGGCGGUCGUUUUCUCGUGUAUCCCCGGUUCCAAUAUAAAGUCUUGAGUUACUGGAAUCGGUAAUAACGAUUUCUUACCACUAUAGUAUAUUAUUGCUUUUAUUUCAUUCCCUUGCCCUUGUUAAAAUAGUUGUUGUAUAAAUGUAUAACUGUAAUUUAGACAGAGUAUGAAAGCGAUAAAUGAACACGUCGAAUAGUUGUAAUGAAAGAUUUGUAAUUUUAGAUUAUAAUAAAAAGAAAAUAAUGUU